AUGGAAAAUGAGACUAAUCAGUCUGUUAAGGACGAUAGUAGCGGCCGUAAUGAGUUUUUGUGCCGAAGUCCUGAAGUACUAGUUACAUUUCAAGCAGGUUCGGCAAAUCUUUCAAUGAAUUUUGUUAUUUUGACUUUGACCAUUCGUAGAGUCGAAUGGGUUGAAAUUGUUGAGCCAGAAACGAAACAGCAUAUGUACGCUAACCUGCGAACGGGUGAAUGUGCUUGGGAACCGCCUGCUGGAGUGCACGUAAGACGAGCACAUCCGGAUCAGUGGUGGGAGCUGUUUGAUCCUAAAACGCAGCGUUUUUAUUACUAUAAUGCAACUUCUGGGAAGACAGUUUGGCAGCGUCCUAGUAAUUCCGAUAUUAUACCAUUGGCUAAGUUACAGGUUUACCUUGCCAACGCAUCUUUAAAAGAUAAUACUGAGUCAUCUUCUGACCAUGGAGAUCACUGUGGCACGAACCUUCCUAAAGAAAAGGUAAAAACCACGAAAAAAAAUUCAGAAACCCAGACAUCUCCUAGACAUGGAAGAAGAGGUGUUACACGUGGUUUAAGUGGUGCAGUUUAUGCACAGAACGCUUCUCCUGAUCUUGGACUUGUGUCUGCUUGUCGGGGAGCAUUUCCAAAAACGCCCUGCACCCUUCAAACUGAGCAACCUUCAUCCACACAAUUUUCUCCAUUUGAAACCAGUACAGUAGCUGAAGUUUCUUCUCAGAAGAUGCUGCAAAAGAAUUCAAGCGCUGCAGCGCAAUUAGUUCGUGCGGCGGCAGUAAUACAGGAGUUGCCAGAAACUGUUUCGGACGUUCUUCUAGAUUCUCUCCCGGCAUUACCGUCUGGAAGCAGCAACUCGUCAAAGCUAGGUGGCAGCAGUGCCAACAGUGAUUCUUUUCUGGCUGAUUCGAUGCGUCCAGAUAAGCCCUCUGCUCCUCGUGCUUCGGGCAGUGCGCGAUUUCCAGUCGAGGAUGAAGCCCUUGAUUUGGCGAGAAGAGAACUAACAAAGAAAGCCAGGGCGAGGGUGGCCAUUGAUUUGGAAUUAAUGUUGCAAAACCUUUCAAUUGGAGAAGGUGGAUUUGCAUACACGGGGUCUUUUAGGAGACCUCGAGAAUCUUAUAGCCCACUAAAUACUUCGUCUCCUACUACUUCACGUAAAGGCUCAGUGUCAGAUGCAACAGAGUGCAUGCGUGGAAAAGUUGCUGAUGGCCCUGGUGCAUCAAGGGACGACACUGCUGUCAGCGGGUUAAAGUUCCUAAAAAGUAUUAACUUAGAUGGCUCAACAAAAACUUGGACUAAAGAUGCUAUUAAACAGCCAUUAACGGAUAGCGCUGAGAAGAAUUUUAAAAAAGAAGCAGUGGCUCUGUUCAAGGUUGUUCAAUGUUAUAUGGGGGACCGUAAAAGCAAACUCUCACCUAAUCAGCUGGCUUUGUCACUUUGCGAAGCGGGUUACAUGAAAGAACCUAUUGGAGAUGAGUUAUUUUGCCAGUUAAUAAAACAGUUAAGCGGGAACGAAAAGUAUGAUUCAAUUCGUCGUGGUUGGGAGCUUCUUGCAAUUUUUUUGACCUUUUUUAUUCCUCGUAACGAAGACGUAUUGAAAACUUUGACAGCAUUUAUUGAGCUUAAUUCGGACCGCUCUUCAGAUUCUUCUGAGAUUGGUGUUUCUCAGUACGCUAUUCAGUGCUCUCGACGGUUGCGAUCGGCGCAGGCAAAGCGGGAACCAAACAUGCAAAGGAUUCAAGAAUCUCGUGUACACAUAUUUAGCCCACCUCAGUUUUCUGCAUCUCUAGAGGAUUUAAUGGUUAUGCAAGCUGAAAAGUUUCCUGGAAGGAAAAUACCGUGGAUUGAAACAACAUUAAUAGAACUAAUCUUGUCUUCGGAUGGUGAACAUACUGAAGGGAUCUUCAGAGUUGCUGCCAAUCCAGACCACGUCAACACCGCGCGUUUACGAUUGGAUCGCGGUGUUGUUCCUGUAGUUCGUGAUGCUCAUGUACCAGCGUCUCUGCUAAAGCUGUGGCUGCGCUCUUUACCAGAUCCAGUUAUCCCUACUUCGCUUUACUCGAAGUGUUUAGAAAUAUCUGAACAGCCUUCUGAUUGCUGCCGUGUUGUUGAUUCUUUACCGAUUUUGAACCGUUUGGUUCUUGUAAAACUGUUAGAUUUGCUACAGCAAAUGGCGAGGGAAGAAGUUGUAAAAUUUACCAAAAUGGACAGUGGCAACUUAGCGUUGGUGAUAGCUCCUAAUAUUUUGCGAUGUGAUAGCGACGACCCGCGGGUUAUGUUUGAUAACGCAAGACGAGAGAUGUCGUUCUUAAAAAUGCUUAUUGGAAAUUACGAUGCAUCAUAUAUACAUGAUAUGCUCUAG